AUGGAUGGUGACUAUGUUAUUGGGGGUGUUUUCUCCAUACACCACUACAAACAGACAGCGAUGUAUAACUACACCACCAUGCCUGAGCCAGAGAAAUGCACAGGGAGAGUUGACUCUCGAGAACUGCGCUUCUCACGUGCAAUGAUUUUCACCAUCGAGGAGAUUAACAACAGCACGGAGCUGCUGCCAGGCAUCAAACUUGGUUAUCAGAUCCAUGACUCAUGCACCUCAGUGCCUGUGGCAGUGGAUGUGGCAUUUCAACUUUCCAAUGGGCUGGACCCGGUGUUUUACACUGGUGACAAUUGCUCGCAAACUGGCAUGGUGAUGGCUAUCGUCGGUGAGUCUGCCUCCACACCAUCCAUCAGCAUGUCACGCGUCAUUGGGUCCUUUAAUAUCCCUCAAGUGAGCCACUUUGCCACUUGUGCAUGCCUCUCAGAUAAGCAGCAGUACCCUACUUUCUUCAGAACAAUACCCAGUGAUCAGUUCCAGGCUGAUGCAUUGGCCAAGCUGGUAAAACACUUUGGCUGGACUUGGAUAGGUGCUGUCCGGUCAGAUUCAGACUAUGGCAAUAAUGGCAUGGCGUCUUUCCUGCAGGCAGCACAGAAGGAGGGAAUCUGUGUGGAAUACUCUGAAUCUUUCUACAGGACCCACCCACGUAGCAGGAUCCAGAGAGUAGCUGACGUCAUCCGCAGGUCAACGGCUGUGGUUAUUGUGGCAUUUACAGCAUCUACAGAACUAAGGCUUCUGCUGGAGGAGCUGACACGUGAACCUUCUCCACCUCGCCAGUGGAUCGGCAGUGAAUCCUGGGUAACCAACAAAGACCUGCUGCGGUUCAACAUAUGUGCUGGAGCCGUCGGAUUUGGCAUUCAGAAAUCUGUCAUCCCAGGUCUGAGAGAAUUCUUGCUGGAUCUUCCUCCCUCUAAAGUUGCUGCUUCUCCAGUGCUUACUGAGUUCUGGGAGAAAGCAUUUAAUUGCAGGUUGGGAAAAAUUGCAGCCAUAGAUGAGAGUGUGUGCGAUGGAACUGAAGACAUACAGACACUCCAGGACCCGUACACUGAUACAUCUCAGCUCCGAAUCACUAACAUGGUGUACAAGGCUGUUUAUGCAAUAGCUCAUGCCAUUCAUAAUGCAGUGUGUCAAGAUAUAAAUUCUACAGUUCAGUGUAACAAAUUCACCAAAGUAGAGUCCAAACAGGUUCUUACUCUGCUGAAAAAAGUCAACUUUUCCCAAAAUGGUUAUGAUGUGUCAUUUGAUGCCAAUGGAGAUCCUGUUGCAACAUACGAGCUGGUUAAUUGGCAAAAAAGUGAGAGUGGCAGCAUUGAGAUGGUGACAGUAGGGCUUUAUGAUUCAUCACUGCCAGACGGCCGGGAGUUCCUAAUCAACAAGAACCCAACAUGGAUGGAUGGUGGCCCACAUGUGCCUGUGUCAGUGUGCAGUGACAGCUGUCCUCCAGGAACUCGUAAAGUGCUGCAGAAAGGAAAACCCAUCUGCUGUUAUGAUUGUAUACCAUGUCCUGAAGGAGAGAUUAGCAACACUACAGAUUCCGCUGAUUGUUUCCCUUGCCCCAAGGAGUUCUGGCCUAAUACAAAGAGAGACACUUGUUUGCCUAAGCCUGUAGAGUUUCUUUCCUUUGACGAGGUCCUAGGAAUUGUCCUGGCUGCAUUCUCAGUUGCUGGUGCCUGUCUUGCCAUUACAACAGCAGCUGUGUUCUUUUGUCACAGGACAUCCCCGAUUGUCAGGGCCAAUAACUCUGAGCUGAGCUUCCUGCUGCUCUUCUCUCUGACUCUAUGUUUCUUAUGUUCAUUAACUUUCAUUGGCACACCUUCAGAUUGGUCCUGCAUGCUGCGUCACACAGCUUUUGGGAUCACCUUCGUCCUCUGCAUCUCUUGUGUUCUUGGAAAAACUAUAGUAGUGUUAAUGGCCUUCAGAGCUACACUCCCAGGUAGUAAUGUUAUGAAAUGGUUUGGUCCUCCUCAGCAAAGGAUGACUGUAGUAUCCUUCACCUUUAUACAAGUUUUAAUAUGUAUUAUUUGGUUGGGACUUAGUCCCCCAUUUCCAAUGGAAAAUCUAACCAUAUACAAAGAGAGAAUCAUCCUGGAGUGUGCAUUAGGAUCCGCUGUUGGGUUUUGGGUUGUACUUGGGUACAUAGGCCUACUGGCUGUCUUUUGCUUUGUGUUAGCUGUCCUAGCUCGGAAACUACCUGAUAAUUUCAAUGAAGCCAAGAUGAUCACCUUCAGUAUGUUGAUAUUCUGUGCAGUCUGGAUCACAUUUAUCCCAGCAUAUGUCAGCUCUCCUGGGAAAUUUACUGUGGCUGUGGAGAUAUUUGCCAUUCUGGCCUCCAGUUUUGGACUCAUACUGUGUAUAUUUGCUCCAAAGUGUUACAUCAUAUUGCUCAAGCCAGAGAAGAACACCAAGAAACACUUAAUGAACAAAAAUCAAUCUUAAGACAUCUGAGGUUGGAAAUAGUAAAGAUGGUAACCUUUACAAUAGUAUAGAGCUCCACUGAGUUGAUUUGAAUAUUUACGUUUACAGGUCAAUUAACAUUACAUGUUUUUCUUAUU